AUGAUCCUCGGCUGGAUCCAAAGACUGAUGAAAGUGUUGACUUCAUCCCACUCUCGCUCUUUAGCUCCCGGAAAGAUCUAUACGUAUUUUUCUGAUGCGAGUAACCUGCAAACGAUUCUCGACUGCGACUACCCUACACAUCCAACAGCAACGAUCGAAAAUCGACUUGCACAGAAAGUUAAUGAGCUUGUUGACGCCGGUAUUACCAUGUCUCCAGAUAUCAUUUCUGUCGAUUACUGCCAUGGCCCGCGGGAAGAAUUUAUAGCCUAUACAGUGAAGUCCCGUGCGCUUCUCAGUUCUGUCGAAGAAAUUGACCGCCAUUGGAUCAAUGAACUUAGAAAGACUCCUCCUUUCAUACUUGUUGUCAUCAAUGAUUUGGAUGCUGCGAAAGAGUCUUGCAUCGAUGGGGAAGAUUUGAAAUCACUCGCUGGUAGAUUAAUACUUUCGAGGGCUCGGAUCUCUGCUAUUCCCGGAGCACAAGACUCUGGCAUGUGUCAGGAGUGA